AUAGUCGAGUCUCGUUCCCAGUGUAAACUUCAUCCUCGUCUCAAAAACCAGCCGCGUGCUCGUGGUUUUUGAUCGGUUUUGUUUAUUUUUCCCUUCAGGAAGCUGCGGUAUAGUGUAUAGUUACGAAGCCUUUUUACGGGAUUUUGUAUGAAAUUAUAUGACGAAUGGUGACUUUCGUGUGGUUACUACGAUUACCAAAUUUAACGUGUAGGCCGUAUCAUCACACAUCAGCGAUAAUCCUUAGCACAAGUAAAGCCGCGUGCUUUGCAAUGACAGACGAAGUGACCAGCGGUGUGAAGAGGAAGGCAGAAGAUCCGUCGUAUGACAUCGACGUGAAAAAGAUUAAGCAGGGAAGGAAGGAACUACGGCCCGGUUUUGGUGAAGAUAAAUUCAACGAGACGGAGUAUUACUUCGAAAAUGGUCUACGAAAGGUAUACCCUUACAACUUCACGUACACGACAUUCUGCAAAGGACGUUGGGUUGGGCACUUACUUCUCGAUGUCUUCUCACGAGAGUUCAGAGCACUGUCUAAAGAUGCUUAUAAAAAUGCUUUGGAGAGUGGUAGAGUUACAGUCAACAGUGCUAUAGUUGGUCCAGACUACCGCCUUAAAGAUAACGACCUACUUGCAAAUUCUCUGCACAGGCACGAAGUACCAGUCAUCGGUGCACCCAUCAAAGUAAUUCACAAAUGUGAUGACAUGCUGGUGAUUGACAAGCCACCUUCUAUUCCUGUCCAUCCCUGUGGAAGAUACCGACAUAAUUCAGUGUUGUUUAUUUUGGCAAAGGAACACAACCUCAAAGGACUUCAUACAAUUCAUCGACUGGAUCGACUGACAUCAGGCCUGCUUUUGUUUGGUUGCUCCUUGGAGAAGGCUCGAGCCAUGGAAUCUCAGAUCAAGAGCCGCCAGGUGCAGAAGGAGUACCUCUGCAGAGUUGAGGGGAGAUUUCCAGACGAACCUAUUACGUGUUCAGAGCCUAUUGAAGUGAUAUCCCACAAGAUUGGUGUGUGUGGUGUGGGGAAAUACGGCAAGGACUGCUGCACAGAGUUCAAGAAGCUCAGCUACAAUGGCAAAUCCAGUGUGGUGCACUGCAAGCCUCAUACAGGAAGGAUGCAUCAAAUUAGAGUUCACCUGCAGUACUUAGGUUUCCCAAUUGUAAAUGAUCCAUUGUAUAAUGACACUGUGUUUGGAAUUGGAAAGGCAAAAGGUGGACUGCAGGAGAAAACUAAGGAGCAGCUUAUUGAAGACAUGCUUAAGGCCCACAGCAUAGAGAAGUGGCUGGGACCAGAGUGUGAAAUUCCUUCGGAUGAGUCUUUGUGUGAACCCACUGAUAGCUGCAGUGACAGCAGCAAUGCACUGCCUGCAGAUGCGAGAGAAGAUGCGAAACCAGAUGCCGAUGGAAGUAGCACAGAAACCAGUCAUUUUCCAGCCAGUUUAAGACACUACAUAGAAACAGAUGAACAGUUUAAGGCUGCUGUGGAAAACCAGAGAUUCAACAAGCAGAAGUAUGUGCAUCAUGAAGACUGCUUAGAGUGCAGGCGCCCAUACAAGGAUCCUCGUCCUGAAGACCUGCUUCUCUAUUUGCAUUGCCUACGAUACAAGGGAAAGGAUUGGGAGUAUGAAACCACAUGGCCUGCAUGGGCAAGAGAAGACUGGACACUUGACUAAGAAAUAUAUGUGAUUAAUAAUCUUGACUGUGCCUCAAGAAUAGAUGUGCUGUGUUGUGGUUAAUGUGAGGGAAGGAGUACAGUGGAAACUUUAAGAAAUGAUUUUAAUAAAAAUAAAAAAUAUUUUAGGGGUACGUUCAGUUGUAACUGAACAUUGUUCAGGAAAGUACUGUAAUAAAUAUUAGCACCAUUUGCUACA